CUGUCUUCUGUCCCGAAAGUGACGGUCGAGAUUCGAACUUCGUGGCUGCCGAGCGCCUUUGUGACGUCACCAGUGUUUCUUUUUCUGCACACAACGGGGCCGACAGACGGUCACGACUGAAGUCGCACUGCUGGUUUGGGGCUUAGUGGAAUCGAGGUUAGGGUUGACUGCGACCGAACAUGUUCACUUCAGACUUGAUCGAGCCUGGACCCGUCUGAGGUGCUUAAGUCGACUUUGUACCUGCAACGUGAAUCGCGCGAUCUGUCUGGGUUGAUAAUGUCAAUGAAGUAUCAAGAGCAUGAGGACAAAAGCAGCAUCUCAGCUGGCAGGCAUGGAGAACUGCUGUGUCCUGUGCAGACUCCCGGACGAUGACCCAAACCUGUUUGGAGAAAAGUUCACCGUCACAGAGGAGAACAUUUCAGUGCACUACUUCUGUCUGGUGAGUGUGAGCGAGCGGAUGUCCAAGAGCAUCUGGACUGUGGCUGACAACAGAGAGCCAUCCGUAUUGAGCUGACCUCCAGCGGUGUGUACCAGCGUGGCAAGGAGCACGAGGGCAUCGUGGGCUUCAUGGUGGAUGACAUCAAGAUGGAAGUGCGCCGCUCCUCCAGACUGAAGUGUGUGGUGUGUAAGAAGACAGGUGCGUCGGUGGGGUGCAACAUCAGGAGCUGCAGGAAGAUGGUUCACUUUCCCUGCGGCCGCAGCCACAGGUUCCUCUCCCAGUUCACCGGACUUUUCCCGUCCUUCUGUCCAGACCACAGUCCCACCCAGACCAUGAGCGUCACCUCUGAGCUCAGCCUGCCCCAGACCUGCUCAGUCUGUUUGGACUCCCUGGACCCGGUUCUGUCCUACUCCGUGCUCAAGUGCCCGAGCUGCCAUGGCAGCUGGUUCCACCGAGACUGUGUGCAGCACCAGGCACUCAGCGCUGGACUCUUCUUCUUCAAGUGCACUCUGUGUAACAACAAGAAGGAGUACCAGGAGGAGAUGCUGAGGAUGGGCAUCUACAUCCCCGAGAGAGAUGCAUCAUGGGAGUUGGAGGCCAACGCGUACUCGGAGCUGCUGCAGGUUUACUCCAACUGUGAUGCUGAGACUUGUGUCUGUCGCAGCGGACGCUCGCACUCUGCAAAGACCGGCUGGUUCCAUGUCGUCCGCUGUCUCCUCUGCGGCUCCACUGGGACCCACAGGAAGUGCUCUGGACUGAGCCUGGACACCCAGGACUGGGCCUGCAGUGACUGCUCCAAGGCCACAGAUGGGCAAGCUUCCCUAAUGGCGUCUCCUCAAGGUCAAUCCAGGGUCAGUCUCCUCACCAAACGCCGUCUCUCCUCCUCCCACUCGCCUGUCACUUCCAAAAGAGCGGCUCUUCCUAGUCCUGCACCUAGUCCCAGAUCUUACAAGGAGGUCCUUCAGGCUCUGGCUGUUCAGCUGCUCUCCGAUCAGGAGGCGGAGACGUGGAGCGAAGUUCUGGUGGAGAGCAGUGCUCUGAACGCAGGUCUGGAUCUGGUGAGGCGGCAGGGCUUCGACCCCACACACCCGCUGUCAGUCAGGUUCAGAGACGAAGCUCGGACUUCGUUUCCCAGCAGCCCCUGGCUGAGAGUGGCCGCUCGUCAGCGGUUCUUGGAGCAGCUGGUGGGCCAGAUCCAGAACUCGGCCGUAUUUGAGGGUCCCGAGGGAUGCAAGAGCCUGCGGCUGGACUCCAGAGCUCUAGCUGAUGACCUGUACUUCGACGUGGGUUGCCUGCUGGCUCUGGCUCUGGUCCAUGGAGGUCCUCCCCUGGGCUUCUUCUCCAGCGCCCUCUUCCAGUGUCUGUUUAACUACCCGCCCAACUGCCCUCUCAGCCUCAGUCACAUGACCCCGGGGACGGCCUUCACCAAGAUUGUCGCCAGGAUGAUGAAAGCAGACUCCGUACAGCAGCUGCAGAGAGUUCAGAAGGAGAGUGUGCUGUAUCUGGAGCUGGCUGGAUGCAACCGUCCAGUCAUGACGCUGGAGGACAGGGACGUCCUGGUGGAGGACCUGGUUAGCUUCACGCUCAUCACCCGCAUGCAGUUGCCACUCCAAAGACUCCGGGAAGGUCUACAAACCCUGGGUGUGUUUCAGAAGGUCCAGCUCUUCCCAUCCUGGUUUUAUGGAGUCUUCUGCAACUCCUCACUGCAGCUGUCGGUCGAUACUUUGAACAGACUCUUCCACGCCUCAUUCUCGGCCCAAACAGAACUUCACAAGCAGGAGGAGGUCGUGCAUGAGUUCUGGAGAUGCUUCCUGCUGGACUGUGAAGUCGGCCGCAGCUCCGUCACCCUGCAGGACGUUCUUCAGUUCUCCACCGGGACAGAGGUGCUCCCUGCCAUCGGACUCCUCCCCGUUCCACGCAUCUCCUUCCUUGACCCGGCCUCCUGCAGCUCCUCCUCCUCCUCUUCUGAUGGGGACCAGAGGGAGCAGGGGCUCUUCCCACAGUGUCUCCCUGGAUCCAACCACCUCCAGCUGCCCCUCACCACGUCCUACCGGGCUUUCAAGAGCGCCAUGGAGCAGGCAGUCAGCCACCGUGUCCACUUCCUGCCCUCCGACAUGUAGACUCGUGACUAUUUUCCUGACAUUCGCUCGUUUGGUUUUUUGUAAGUGUACACCCUUUUUUACACCUGGGCCAAGUUUCACCACACCGCGGCGCUGCUGAAGUGAGAAUCCACUCGUCUUGCCACUGCAAAUGACUAACUUGGUUACAUGAACACAAGGCACAUGUAAGACCUGUGGGUCGAAGGGCUCAGUCUGGUGUAGUUUGGAUCCAAGCACAAGCGGAAACGUGACCUCACAGCUCAUACGUACGGAACGUGGACAGGAGCUCGACUUCAGUGUUAAGGACGUGUGAAUGAGCUGAGGUCUGCGGUCGGCUUCAUCCAAAGCCCUCGUGUAACUGGGCUACAGCAGCUCUACUCUUGUCAGUCAUCUGUUAUUUAUUUUUGUUGGCUUCUCAAGUGUAUGUGCCCCUUCUCUUCCGCUGUCUCUGUUUUCUGCGCAAGUCUAAUAAAUGGAAA